CUCGUGUUGUUGCGGUGCAUAGCGUUACUGAAAUGUGAAACUCCCGCGCACAAAGAGAGCGGCCAACAGACGAAAACGAAGAUGUGGCCGCCUAUUUCCAUCCAUACAUCUUCCACUGUAACCUAGACACUUCUAGGGAAGGUCUAAGAUCAGCGUGUCUGAUGGACGUCCAGAAAAAGGACAUUGUGAGAGAUGAAGCACAUUUUGCAGUGCCAGGGAAACCUCCCCUCCCCACCGCAAGACGACAGUAUGAGAAGAGGGGUUCUCUACCCACAAGUGAGCUGGCAAGGGCAAAGCUACCAAGGCCCAUCAGCCAGCCCAGACUGCAGAAGAACCUGGGAGGAGGUUCCCUGGCUAGGCUGAACUUGGACAGAGAGAAAUCCAGUAGCCUGGUACAGCUGUCAAAUCUAAAGACCAAAACAUUAAGCUCCAGUAACUUGGCUGCAGUGUCUGACAGUAACCUGUCAGUACAGGAGGCCGCGCCCCUCAGGAGUUACGAGACCCCCCACACGGCAGAGGCAGCUACUAAAGUUUAUUUUGAACAGUUGGUGAAGCGGUAUUUCUACCAGCUCACUGAAGGCUGUGGGAACAAGAAAUGCAAGAACAAGUUUUGUCACUCUUGUCCAGGACACAUUGUUGUACCAAAAGACAUGUUAGCAAUAAUCAGCAUAGAACUUGCCACAAGACAAAGGCCAUACCUCUGUUCCACGAAGAAGUUCUUGGAUAGACCACUACCAUCAGAUAUUUUUGAUGUCGAAAAGGGGAGACCAAAGCCAUUCCUACACACCAUGUUUUCAUGCAGUCCUUUCUUAGGACUGUUCAAAGAAACUCCAGAAGAAAGUCCACCAAACAAGCCAUCCAAACCAAGGCUGUUAUCCUCCAGCUCUAAAACACUGAACAUAGCAUCACAUUCCAACCUCAUGCUAAAAGCUGCUACCUCACUGAACUCAGUGGCAGAUUCGAGACAGGUGCAUUCGAAUCUGAGACAGGAGGUUUUAAGGAGGGGUUCCUUUACUAACUAUGAUGGCUGGAGUGGUCGAAGGGCUAGUACAGACUGUGUGUUGAAUAAGCUCACCCUGGAUAAGAAUGGGCUGACUGGAAGCAGCAGGGAACUGAGUGGAAGUAUGGAGAAUAUUCUGGGUGGUUCACCCAGAGCACUGUCCAUCCACAGUAAUGGCAGCAGACCGGGCAGCCUGACGUUUGGCCAGAGUGUCCAUCCUGAGGAGGGUCUGAACUCCCUGUCCAGUCUGACCACCAGUCCGUCCCGCCUGCUGUCCUCAGCAGAGUGCCUUAGUGACCAGUCCCCAGAGCUGGAGGAGUUUGAGAGGGAGUGUAUGCUGGAGAUGUCCUCAGAUGACAUCAGGGAGUUCUCACUUACACAUCUCACACUAUCCAUGCUUCAGGACACAGUGGACAAGUAUAGGGAGCUCGGGGACCCAUCCUUCCUGCUCAACACCAUCAGAACAGUCUUCACCUCAUCACAGGCUCUUAAUGAUAGCUUCAAGCACAACGAGUCUGACUGUGGUGUCAACAUUGACCUGGAGUCCCUCAGGAAAGCCUACUAUCUUCUAUGCAACCUGCAACCACAGGAAACCUUCAAGACUGCAAUGGCCAAUGCAGUAGAGAUCCUCCUGUCUUCGUUAAGAGGCACAAGUGUACAUCCCAAUGAGAUUGCACAGCUGAUCAUUCUAAUGGAAAACCCCCUCAUGGAGACCAGACCAGCCUUGCUGCACAAGCUGUGCCAGGUAGUGGCCAGCCUCCCCCACACCUCCCGCUCCCAGCUGGCCCAGGCACUCAUGAAAUACGACAAGGCCAACUUCAGGACCUUCCUGCAGCUGUUCCAGGCUCACCUGGUGCAGUCUCUUCAUCCGGACAAGGGUGCCAGGGACCAGAUGUUGGACGUUGCCCGGACGUUGUCGGUGUUCCAUCUGGCCAACAGUCGUGCUCACAGCUCCAGAGGAAAGGCCAUUCUUCCUCUGUCUGACUUCUACUGCCCUGUGCUGGCCAGAAAAAUGGACUAUAAGCAUGAGUAUGGGAACUGGACAGCUUCAGACCAGAGCUCCAUGCUGGACUUCCCUUACCUAUUAGACCCUUCGUUGAAGGUCCGUAUCCUACAUUUUGAUGCUGUGGUACAGAUGAGGAAAGAGUACCAGAACGCCAUCCUACAUCAGGCAAGGGUGAACCAAGCUCAGAGAUACCUCAACCAACUGAACAAGGAACCGUCCCUGGAGGAUGGAGUCCAGGCGGCCACCUGUCCCUUCCUGGUGCUGGAGAUCCGCAGGGAACAGCUGAUUCAGGACACGCUGGCCGAGGUGCAGCUCAAGAGGGACCAGCUCAAGAAACCCCUCAAGAUCAAGUACAUCGGUGGUGGGGAGCAGGGCCUGGACAUGGGUGGUCUGCAGAAGGAGUUUUUCCAGAUGAUCACAGAGUCAGUGUUCGACCCCAACUAUGGCAUGUUUGUCUACCUGGAGGAGAGCCGGAGCCUGUGGAUAAACGGUGAAUCCCCUGAGUCAGAUGGAGAGUUUGAGCUGGUGGGUAUCAUCCUGGGGUUAGCCAUCUACAAUGGUGUAAUCCUGGAUGUGCAUUUCCCCAUGACUGUGUACAAAAAACUCCAAGGGGAAACUCUAGAGCUUGCUGACCUUCAGGACAUCCAGCCGAUCCUGGCCAGUGGACUCCAGGAACUGUUGGACUAUGAGGGAGAUGUUGAGAUGGACCUGUGCUACACUUUUCAGGUUUCAUAUGAGUCCUUUGGCCAUGUGAAGACAGUUGAUCUUAUAGAGAAUGGAUCAGAGGUGCCAGUCAACAACAAGAACCGAGGAGAGUUUGUGCGCCGUUAUGUCAACUUCUUGCUUGUGGACAGUGUGGAGAGACAGUUUGAGGCCUUUUCGCGAGGCUUCCACAUGGUGUGUGGAGGACGGGUGCUGACACUGUUCCGAGCAGAGGAGAUAGAGCUGCUCAUCUGUGGAAGUACUGAACUGGAUUUUGAUGGGCUGGAAGCAUCUGCAGUGUACGAAGAUGGGUACUCAAAGGACCACAAGACUGUCCGAGCCUUGUGGUCAGUGGUGAGGUCACUGUCACACAAACACAAGAAAAUGCUGCUCAUGUUCAUCACAGGGAGUGACAGGGUCCCACUAAAAGGCCUGGCCACCCUAAGGAUCACUGUCCAGAGACACGGACCAGAUUCAGAAAGACUUCCCACAGCCAUGACCUGUUUCAACACCCUCCUCCUGCCUUCCUACAAGGACAUAGACAAACUGAAGAACAGACUUCUCACUGCUAUAGAGAACUGUAAAGGAUUUGGUCUAACAUGAGUCCAUAUCUUAACAUACAAGUAUGCAAACAUUACGCUAUAGGAAUUCAAAUAGGUUCAAAUACAAUUUUGUAUAACAUCCAAACAGUAUUGUUGCUUUUUUUGUGUUUAAGUAUGUUGGGUAUCUAUCUCAAGAAGGUAUAUGCAGUGCACUGUAUUAUUCUAAGGAUUGCUAGAAAUCAUUUCUGUUGGCAAUUUGCUGCUGUUUUUCCACUGAUAUUAGUGGUUUAAGUGUUUGAAAGUUGAAUAUACGUGUAUUUAUUCUCUACAAGUUUGUGUAACACAUUCCAAGUGUAUGAGGAGUAUGAUGUAUUUGACAAAGAAAUUGCUGCUAUAUCCAUUUCCAGUGUUUGUAUUGUUUAUGUUGUAACAAUAACUCAUUGUACCACCACCACCAUGUUUCAGUGUUGAAGAAUUGUUUGUGUGGGUGAAUUGAGUAUUGAGGCAAAUAUAGGUCAAGGACUAUACUAUACCUAAUAGAAGGUAUUAUCUUUUCAGGUUUGGAAGUUUUGAUUGAUCCCCAAAAAGUAUGAAAAUAUUUCCCAACAUUAUCAGUUAUCUGCAUAGAUUGGUCUGAAUCAUAUAUUCUCAAAUUAUUUUAUUUUUGUACUUUUAUACUAGAUACAAUUUACGUGACAAUGUUGACAUUAUGAAAUACCAUUUUGUUGCUUGAUUCAAUCUUGGUUUGUGCAGUGAAAAAAUAAACUUUUCUUCAA